AUGGCCAACAAGUACCUUGGUGUGCCGGACAAUAAAGAGCUGGUGGUUAAAGGAACAGGUCUUUCCCCUCAAGUAUCGAGGUCGCCGUCACCAGACAGUAGCAUCUUCUCUGAUAGUGGGACCGAGAGAAGCGAAGAUUAUACAGUCCUGGAUGGGGUCAAGGAGAUGAAUGAGAUGCUCUUGAAGCAGAUACAAGCCAUUCGUCGACAGAUCGAUAUCAGCGAGAAAACUUACAAUGAGGAAAAGGCCAAGCUUAUAGCUAGCAAGAACACAGAGCUUCGGCAGAGAGACAACGAAAUCAGCAACCUGACACACUCCUUACAAAGCAAAGAUGAAAACAUUAAUCAGCUGAAGAGAGUUGGAGCUGAGAAAGAUAAACUGAUUCAAGAUAAAGGAGUGGAAGUUGAAAAUCUUAAAAAUAUGAUCGAGCAGAUACAAGACAAAGCUAAGAAGAUUCACAAAAAGGUGAAACGAGCUCAGCGAAAAACUCCAGCAAAAGCGGAGGAGGACAAUGCAACCGAAAGCCUUCAAGAUGACGAGAUUCAACAGCUGAGAUCAGAAAUGGAAGAGCUGAAAGUUCGAGUAGCAUCACUGGAAGAUGAACUAGCCAAAGCCAUUGAGGUGAUUCAAGAGCAAAAUGAACAAAUGGGCAUCAUGAGUGAUGAAAAAAAGGACAUUGAAGCUAAACUAUCUGAGAAAUUUAAAAAGAUGUCUGAGUCAAUGAGACGGGAUGUGGAAAGAACCUGCCAGGUGCUGCUAAAAAACAAUGAAGAGAUGCAACAACUCAAGCAACAAAACAGUGGCAUUCGCAGCGAACUUAAUUAUAUAAAGAAUCAACUGACGGUUCUAGUACAACAAAGAGGGGACAAAAGAACAGCGGACAACACUGAAGAUUUGGCUGUAGAUGAGGCAUCUGAAAACAUAUGUAACAGAAAACAGGUAUUUCUUACCACUGUGAAUCAAACACAGAAAUUACCAGCAAUUCCAAAAGAUUUUAAAAAGGCACCAAAGCUUCAGAGAGAAAGUAGUCAAAUUUUCACUCCCAGCAAUCAGAAAAAUGUUGAAUUACAACCAAGUUACAAUGCCACAAGGGCCAGGCUACAUACACACUAUCCUGCAUCAGAUCAAGCCAAACGAAGUGUGUUCCUGUCUGCAGACUCCACAACAAGAGGUAUGGGUCGAGGACGCUUGAACACAACAAGCAGCCUAUCUGUUCAGACACUAAAUCCACCCGUUGGUGCCAACAUAAACAGACAAAAUGUAAUUCCUCCAAUAGCCCAGAAGUCAAAACAAGGGAAGCCAUUCCCAUCACCAAGGGGAGGUGUCAAAAGAGAUCCUAAGAAAUAA